AUGGGAGUUGAUGGAUCGAUUGAGCCGAUUGAUGAGAGCAAGCUAGCGAGAUGUGCAAAUGGGGAUGAGAUGGAGGGAGUCAAGUUCCCAAAAGACACGCUAGCCUAUAAAUUUCAAUCGAACCCGGAAAAUUUAUCGGAAAACGAGAUGAGAGAAGCCAUCGUGGCUGCUUUUCGCGUUUGGACAUCGGUGACAACGAUCGGUUUUUUGGAGGUGUCACGGGGGGAAGAGGCUGAUGUCACGUUCGACUUCUCGACGAUCACCCAAACCGACGAUGGGAUGGGCCCAAAAGUCGUUCAAACAAUCAAUUCGGGUAACGGGAAAAUCAUCGUUUUCAAUAGUGACACAAAAUGGAUCAAUGCGACACCAGAAGAGAAUAGCACCAAAACAUUCGAUCUUCGUUUUGCGGCUUUGCACGCGAUCGGUCACGAGCUCGGCUUCGAUCACUCACCGUAUAGUCGAUCGGUGAUGUACCCGAUUUUUCUUCAGAAGCGAUCCUCUCUCAACUACGAACAACGUGAUUUGGAUGAAUUUGAUGUGGAGAAUGCUAAGAAAUUCUACGGUUCGAUGUACGAGACUGUUGAGGAG